GGCGGGAGCGCGGGCGCCGAGGAGGGCAGACGCGACCCCGGGCGCCGGCGAGGGUCGCCCCUGAGAAGGGCGGGUUUGGCGAGGGGCCACUUUCUGUCCCCCUCCCGCUUUGCCCCAAAGAAAGAUUCUAACCCUGUAUAGACUCAAAUACCACUUCGCUCGACAAUCGCUAUAAGUCUUUGAGAGAAAGGGCGACCCGCACGGGUGGUUUCAGCAGUGGCCCCAUGCUCCCUGAUUGCUGGCCCAGGUCGGUAGUAAUGGUAACCCUUCCCCAGCCACGAACACUCUGGCCUCCCCUCCUUUCCACCUUUGUGGUUAUGGAGCCCCAAACCCCUCCUGUCCCUGCACCUGAGGAGGUUGCUAAAGUAACCUAAGUCCUGGAUGGUCCCUCAGCCGCUACACUCAUUGGUUACUAUGGCAACCUCACCGAGCACUCAGGUAGAAAGGGCUCCAGCCCAAGGACACUGAUCGCUAAGGGAAACCCGUCUUUCCCAAACCCUCUCCCCUCCCCUAGCAUUACCAUGGUAACCAUCUUCCUCUUUCCUGUCGUAGGAGGUUCAUGGACCAAACCAGCCAGGUGUUUUUAUUUAGAGGAGGAGAUGCCCUGCUGAGAAGUAAUUGCUGUGGUUACAGGGCCUGGACCAGAAAGUGUGAAACAGUCAAGGCCAAGUCUUGGUUAACAGGCUGGGUGGCUGAGCUGGACUGGAACCACCUCCUCGAAGCUCCCCCAGCCUGCAACCUAGGAGGAUGACCUGGAGGCCCGGCUAAGGCCUGACUUUGGCCCCAUGCGGCUCACCCGCUGCCAGGCUGCCCUGGCAGCCGCCAUCACCCUUAACCUCCUGGUCCUCUUCUAUGUCUCAUGGCUCCAACACCAGCCCAGGAACAACCGGGCCCGGGGCCCCCGCCGUGGAUCUGCCGCCGGCCCCCGAAUCACCAUCUUGGUGCGGGAGUUUGAAGCCUUUGACAACGCCGUGCCAGAGCUGGUGGACUCCUUCCUGCAGCAGGACCCAGCCCAGCCGGUGGUGGUGGCAGCCGACACGCUCCCCUACCCGCCCCUGGCCCUGCCCCACAUCCCCAACGUUCGCCUGGCACUGCUCCAGCCGGCCCUGGACCGGUCAGCGGCAGCUUCGCGCCCCGAGACCUACGUGGCCACCGAGUAUGUAGCCCUGGUGCCCGACGGCGCGAGGGCCGAAGCACCGGGCCAGCUGGAGCACAUGGUGGAGGUGCUCCGGGCUGGAGGCGCACGCCUGGUGGCCGCCCCCAUCGCCUCGGCCAACCCUGCCCGGUGCCUCGCCCUGAACGUCAGCCUGCGGGAGUGGACAGCCCGCUACGAACCGUCCGCCUCCACGCUCCGCUGCGACGCCCUGGACGGGGACGCCGUGGUGCUCCUGCGCACCCGCGACCUCUUCAACCUCUCGGCGCCCCUGGCCCGGCCGGUGGGCACCAGCCUCUUCCUGCAGACCGCCCUCCGCGGCUGGGCGGUGCACCUGCUGGACCUGCCCUUUCCUGUGGCGCGCCAGCCCCCCCUGGCCGCGGCCCAUGCGCGCUGGAAGGCAGAGCGUGAGGGGCGCGCGCGGCGGGCAUCGCUGCUGCGGACGCUGGGCAUCCGCCUGGUGAGCUGGGAGGGCACGCGGCUCGAGUGGUUUGGUUGCAGCAAGGAGACCCCGCGCUGCUUCGGGACCGUGGUGGGUGACACGCCGGCCUACCUCUACGAGGAGCGCUGGACGCCUCCGUGCUGCCUGCGCGCCCUGCGCGAGACUGCCCGCUACGUGGUGGGCGUUCUUGAGGCGGCCGGCGUGCGCUACUGGCUGGAGGGCGGCUCGCUGCUGGGCGCGGCCCGCCACGGGGACAUCAUCCCCUGGGAUUACGACGUGGACCUGGGCAUCUACCUGGAGGACGUGGGCAACUGCGAGCAGCUGCAGGGCGCCGAGGCGGGCUCGGUGGUGGACGAGCGCGGCUUCGUGUGGGAGAAGGCCGUGGAGGGCGACUUCUUCCGCGUACAGUACAGCGAGAGCAACCACCUGCAUGUGGACCUGUGGCCCUUCUACCCACGCAAUGGGGUCAUGACCAAGGACACGUGGCUGGACCACCGGCAGGAUGUCGAGUUUCCUGAACACUUCCUGCAGCCUCUCGUGCCCCUGCCCUUUGCUGGCUUCGUGGCGCAGGCGCCUAACAACUACCGUCGCUUCCUAGAGCUCAAGUUCGGCCCGGGGGUCAUCGAGAACCCUGAGUACCCCAAUCCCGCACUCCUGAGCUUGGCAGGAAGCGUCUGAAGCUCCAGCGCCCGAAGCUUCAGCGCCUGCUCCUGGGGUUGGGGGGACAUUCAGGCACCGGGAGCUGUCCUUUAUCUUGGUGCUUCUGGCAUUUGGUGGACGGGCCAGAUAUGUCAAAACGCCCUGUAGGACCCAGCACAGCCCUGCACAUCAAAGAAGUGCCCUGUCCAAGAUUUCCAAGAACGCAAGAACCCGGGCUCUAGGGCAUGGACAAUUUUGGAAAGAGAGGAAGAAAGUAUGGGUUCUGGGGCCGCACUACAGCAAGUCAAACUCCACCUCUACCACUUACUAGUUUGUUGGCCUUGAGCAAGUGUCCUAGUUUCUCUGUGCCUGUUUCCUCUAGAAUUCAACGAUUGCUAUCAGUGUCCAGCAUACGAAGAGCCCUCUGGACACUUGGUCGCUGGGGUUCCUUCCUCCACUAGAGGGCGCCUUUGUCCUACUGUGGGGCCAAGACGACAGUAGCCCCGGGGCCUCUGCUUCACCUCGCAUCUCGAGCCUUUCCCCACCGCCUGGCCAGUCGGACAGGAUGCCUACUCCUCUCCUUCCAGAACGCGACCUCCCCUGCUGGGAGAGCCCUGUGAGGUGCAUGCUGCUUUUAACCCCAUCUUGGGGAUCAGGAAACAGGUUCAGAGCUCCAAGGUGCAGCUGUGGUUAAGAACCACUCCAUAUUAACUGGUUCACCUCAUUAUUUUAGUUCUCUGCAACCCAUUAGCUUACUUGCUAGGUGGGUUAAACAGAGCUCCCAUUUUCUGAGCACUUACUGUAUGUAUAUCAUCGUUCUCAGUGUUUCACACAGAUGAACUGAUCUGUCCUUCUCCUCAGUCCUCUGAGGUGAGAGCUGCUAUUACUCCUUCCAGAUGAGGAGCCUGUGGCCAGAAUGGUAAUGUCACUUGCCCAAGAUCAGACAGCUGAAGAAGUGGCAGAGCGGGGACUUGAGCCCAGCCUGUCAGCUAGGAGCCCACACGGAAGCCGCCCUCUGUGCCCCUCUCUCACAGUGGUUUGGAGAGGGACUUCUGGGAGGCCACACCACUCAGCGGGGAAAGCGAUGGCUGCCUUCCUCUAGGGAUCAUGCACCUAAGAGUAAAAACUGUUGGGCCAUAUGCCCCCAACGUGUGUAUUUAUUUAUAAAUUAUAUACAGACACUACUAUCAUUCUGUAUGUUAGUAAUAAGGCUUAAAUUAUUCCAUUCUAAAACUAAAAAUAAAUAGGUUUUGUUUACUUUUCCUCUUUCCCAUGACUUGUCCCACACACGUGUGUGUACCUGGCUUUUGAGACCACAGGUUCUGAAGUGGGGGAGACCUGGGUUCCAACCCAGUGCUGCUGCUUCCUGCCACUGUGAACCUGGGCUGCCCUGGCUGCCUCUCUGCAUCUCUGUGCUGCACCCGGAAAUGAGUGCUUACCCCACGGGGGUGCUGUGAGGCACUGGAGUGGAGUCAGGGCUGGGUUUGGUUCCUUUCUUGGCUACUUAAUCUUCUUUGUGAUCUUAGGCAAGUCACUGCCUCUUUCGACCUAUUUGGGCAGAGAGACUGGUGAUAUAUUGCAGAAGUGUGAAGCCCUUGGAGGAGGAGACAAGAGAAGAGAAGGUGCAAAUUUGGCCCAGUCUCCAGAGGCUCAGACUUCCAAAGCCUGACUUCUUAUAACUCAGCCUCUGUUUUUAGCCACUAAACCUGCAAAUGGCUAGCAGAGAGGCUGUUGGGUUCCUAUGGAGCCUUCUAGACACAUGAUGGGGAUGAUUUGGGUUAUCCCUGUGAUCAGGUGGGGCUUUUGGCUCUUGGAAGGCUUGGCCUAGAGAUGGAGAUGUCUUACGAUAUGCAGGGUGUCUCCACACAAUGAAGUAUUGUUCCUUGUCACAUACAGUUUUAAAAUGUGCCAUUGGACAUUUAUGAUGCAUGGGUGAUAUUCAAAAUACUUGGCAACUGGCACAGUAAUAUAAAUUAAUAUAUGAAUUAAAAUUUAAAACAUUUUUCUCUAAAUAAUCAAAACCAUCUACCUAUGUAUAUGUAUUUCUUUAAAUUGUUUGCCAAGAACAUAAGUUGAAGCAUGAAUCAUUCAGAACUUACUGUAAUGAUUUUGUUCUAAGAAAUUGUUGGUGUGAUUUUUUGGUUCACAUAGCUGCGUAUUUCCUAUAAACAUAUACAUAUGUUUAUAAAAUAAUCAUGCCUUAGCUGUGAUUUGAUAAGAGAACCACAUCAAAUGCUUCUGGCAAUUUCCCAUUAGAUUGAGAACCAUUAGGUGACUUGAGUUAUCAGUGGAUAAAGAAUUCUCUUAACAGUGUUUUGAUGUUUUCUCCUCUUUGCUGUCCCUCAGCUAACAGCAGUUACAUUAAAAACUUUCCUAGCCCUUACA